UUAUCCUCACGCAUCCUCCAGCCGCCUGCUCAGAGGUUACCAAGUCAGAAUGCAGCAAGAGCCUCUGCAGCUGCUACAACUGGUAGAAGUGGGUUAGACAGAUGGUUCCUCAACAAUGACCCAUCAAGGUCUAUAGUUGUAGAAGGGAGAGGGGAGACAGGUAUUAUAUUUCCUGCCUAAGAUGUCUACUGAAUGGAAGCAAUUUCAGUGAAUCCAGCUCACUGUCUCAACAGCCGCUCACCUGCCCUGUCUCCUCCCCUGUCUCAUAACUGGACUAGCAGUUAAACAGCUGUAUACCCUUGUCUCCCUGUCUCAUUUUCCCCGGAGCUCCAUCAGCAAAGAGUAGCAACAGCAACUGCAGAAGCGGCAGCCAGAGAUAGGCAGGGCUGGUGCUUGCAGCCGUGCAAAUCGCCUCCUCCUCAACACACACACACACACACACACACACACACACACACACGCACAGACUUCCAAUAUCACCGCGCCCUGACAUAAGGACUAAGAGAGACGAGAGAAGAGCGUUAGUCACGGACAACAGUUCUUUAACACAUUAUUGAAACUACAAACAUCCAAAGCAGUUUCAUGUGGACAGAUUGCAUAUUUUGAAAGCCUGGGGUAUUUUCUCAUGAAACAUGCCAUGUGGAAUUUCUGAAGCAUAGAGCUCUGCGCAGCACCUGAAGAAAGAAUCCCUUACCUGGUAUGUGACAGACCUUCUCACCACCACCAUGACAAACCAGGAAAAAUGGGCCCACCUCAGCCCUUCAGAGUUUUCCCAACUUCAGAAAUAUGCUGAGUAUUCUACAAAGAAAUUAAAGGAUGUUCUUGAAGAAUUCCAUGGUAAUGGUGUGCUUGCAAAGUAUAAUCCUGAAGGGAAACAAGACAUUCUUAACCAAACAAUAGAUUUUGAAGGUUUCAAACUAUUCAUGAAGACAUUCCUGGAAGCCGAGCUUCCUGAUGAUUUCACUGCACACCUUUUCAUGUCAUUUAGCAACAAGUUUCCUCAUUCUAGUCCAAUGGUAAAAAGUAAGCCUGCUCUUCUCUCAGGUGGUCUGAGAAUGAAUAAAGGUGCCGUCACCCCUCCUCGGACUUCUCCUGCAAAUACAUGUUCCCCAGAAGUAAUCCACCUGAAGGACAUUGUCUGUUACUUGUCUCUGCUUGAAAGAGGAAGACCUGAGGAUAAACUUGAGUUUAUGUUUCGCCUUUAUGACACGGAUGGGAAUGGCUUUCUGGACAGCUCGAUUCUCCAUGAAAUGAUGGAAGAAAUUGACUAUGAUCAUGAUGGAACCGUGUCCCUGCAGGAGUGGAUUCAAGGAGGAAUGACAACGAUUCCACUUCUUGUGCUCCUGGGCUUGGAAAAUAAUGUGAAGGAUGAUGGACAGCACGUGUGGCGACUGAAGCACUUUAACAAACCUGCCUAUUGCAACCUUUGCCUGAAUAUGCUGAUUGGCGUGGGGAAGCAGGGCCUCUGCUGUUCCUUCUGCAAGUACACAGUCCAUGAACGCUGUGUGGCUAGAGCACCUCCCUCUUGCAUCAAGACCUAUGUGAAGUCCAAAAAGAACACUGAUGUCAUGCACCAUUACUGGGUUGAAGGUAACUGCCCAACCAAGUGUGAUAAGUGCCACAAAACUGUUAAAUGUUACCAGGGCCUGACAGGACUGCAUUGUGUUUGGUGUCAGAUCACACUCCAUAAUAAAUGUGCUUCUCAUCUAAAACCUGAAUGUGACUGUGGACCUUUGAAGGACCAUAUUUUACCACCCACAACAAUCUGUCCAGUGGUACUGCAGACUCUGCCCACUUCAGGAGUUUCAGUUCCUGAGGACAGACAAUCAACAGUGAAAAAGGAAAAGAGUAGUUCCCAGCAGCCAAACAAAGUGAUCGACAAGAACAAAAUGCAGAGAGCCAACUCUGUUACUGUGGAUGGGCAAGGCCUGCAGAUCACUCCUGUGCCUGGUACUCACCCACUUUUAGUUUUUGUGAACCCCAAAAGUGGUGGAAAACAAGGAGAACGAAUUUACAGAAAAUUCCAGUAUCUACUAAAUCCUCGUCAAGUUUACAGUCUUGCUGGAAAUGGACCAAUGCCAGGGUUAAACUUUUUCCGCGAUGUUCCUGACUUCAGAGUGUUAGCCUGUGGUGGCGAUGGAACCGUGGGCUGGGUUUUGGAUUGCAUAGAAAAGGCCAACGUAGGCAAGCAUCCUCCAGUUGCAAUUCUGCCUCUUGGGACUGGCAAUGAUCUAGCAAGAUGCCUGCGAUGGGGAGGAGGUUAUGAAGGUGAGAAUCUGAUGAAAAUUCUAAAAGACAUUGAAAACAGCACAGAAAUCAUGCUGGACAGGUGGAAAUUUGAAGUCAUACCUAAUGAUAAAGAUGAGAAGGGAGACCCAGUGCCUUACAGUAUCAUCAAUAAUUACUUUUCCAUUGGCGUGGAUGCCUCCAUUGCACACAGAUUCCACAUCAUGAGAGAAAAACACCCAGAGAAAUUCAACAGUAGAAUGAAGAACAAAUUUUGGUAUUUUGAGUUUGGUACAUCUGAAACUUUCUCAGCCACCUGCAAGAAGCUACAUGAAUCUGUAGAAAUAGAAUGUGAUGGAGUACAGAUAGACUUAAUAAACAUCUCUCUGGAAGGAAUUGCUAUUUUGAAUAUCCCAAGCAUGCAUGGAGGAUCCAAUCUUUGGGGAGAGUCUAAGAAAAGACGAAGCCAUCGACGAAUAGAGAAAAAAGGGUCUGACAAAAGGACCACCCUUACAGAUGCCAAAGAGUUGAAGUUUGCAAGUCAAGAUCUGAGCGACCAACUGCUGGAGGUGGUUGGCUUGGAAGGAGCCAUGGAGAUGGGGCAAAUAUACACAGGCCUGAAAAGUGCCGGCCGACGACUGGCUCAGUGUUCCUGCGUGGUCAUCAGGACUAGCAAGUCUCUGCCAAUGCAAAUUGAUGGGGAGCCAUGGAUGCAGACCCCAUGCACAAUAAAAAUUACACACAAGAACCAAGCCCCAAUGCUGAUGGGCCCUCCUCCAAAAACCGGGUUAUUCUGCUCCCUCGUCAAAAGGACAAGAAACCGAAGCAAGGAAUAAUCCUGUCUUGUUUCAUUCUUAGAAAUUGAAUUAGCAUAAUUGGGCCCUGGGACACAUAUGCUGGAAGUCUUUGAACCAUUUCAAGUCUCCUGCUCAUGCAAAAUCAUGGAAUUGGUUUAAUAGUUUUUGUUACUGGGCUAAUGUAAAAUUCAGCUAUUAGAAAAUUUAUUGUCUCAGUUUUUAUAGGCAUCUUUGCAUGAAGAAAGCAGAAGUUUACAUGAAGUGAAACUGCGUAUUUUGGUUGCAUGCAUUCCCACAGAUUUUUACAUCUCCCACCCAUCUCUUCUCCAAUUUCCAUUUACUAACCUGUGAGAAAAACCUGUGAAACAUGAAAAAGGAAAUACCAUGGGAAAUGUGAUGCUCAGUAUGAUUCUAAUUAUUACUAUGUACUAAUCAGUAAUGCUACAAUGAUCAUAAUUACAGAUUGCUAUAUGUUUCCCUUUUAGAAUCAGUGUAUCAGUGACCUAUGACUUGAGGAGAAACUUUUAAUUCAAAGGUUUAUUAAAUAGUUGACUACAAUAUCUUGCUAUUUAUACCUAGUUUUUCUUCAACAACUCAGAGGAGUGGAAAUAAAAAUAUCAGGUAUAAAGUUUUCUCGUGCUGAAAAACAGUUUUAAUUUGCUUAGUUUUCUUCUUAAUUCCAGAAAUAAGUGAAAACAUAUUACUUGACAGUAAAGUGUGGUAAUACGGCAAGCCUUGUUCCUUUCUGCAUGAGAAUCUAGGAGAGAAUUCAUAACCACACCAAUAACCAAAUAGAUAUUUUAAACCAUGUGCCUAAUCAAUGUGUUUCCCACCAAAGAUUUAGAAACAGAUGCUUGAGAGAAAUUGGUUAAUGCAUAAUUAAUUAAGCAUGGUGGAGCAAAUUUGUGGUUCCUGUGAUUCAUUUUCUGAUGACUAAAAUGCUGGAAAGAAAGUGAGUUACCCAUUCAUUAUGAUUAAAAUUCUCACCUUCACAGACAGACAGUAGACCAGACAACAUAAUCAAAGCUCCAUAAAUGAUUUCUUGCUUUUUUCAGUCAUUUAUAAAUAUAGGUGUAAUUUUUCAUGAAUCGGUUAAGUACACUUGAAGGAAGUAAAUGAUUGUAUCAGUUUCUUUCUAGUAGAAAUUGGUACCUGUAACAAUAUUGAGCUCUUGGAAGCAAAUCAUGCAUGCAGUCAGCUCCCUCCUCCUCACCUACUCCACCCCCAUCUCUAUGACAUUUCAAAUGUUUACAUGGAAACGACGGCCUAGAUCACUGUUGAAGGUGUUCACCGCAUGGCUGGGUUCUCUGAUUGUUUAAAGAAAUCAUGGAACGGUACUUUUCUUUUAGUGUUUCAUUAAGCCUAUGAUAUAAAAUGAAAUGCUUCUGAACAGUCUUGGAAUCUUGUUCAUUCAUAUUGACCUGCAUCUCAUCAUUGCAUGUUUUAUGUUUUCAAACAUGCCAUAAGGAAAACGAGUGCUUGAACUGCAUGAUUUAUUAGUUUCUCUCCACUCUGCAUUAAAGUGCUAAUUGAUUUAUCAGUUCUAUUUUGUUAUUGAUUCAUACAUUUCUGAAUAACAAAUAGCAUUUAGUGAUUCUGUUGAACACAAUCCUGUGCAUGGAUUUAUGGAUUUCAAGUGAAAUUGCUAUAAUUUUAGUUCUUUGGUUUGAAAACUCAACUGAAUGCUGUUAUAUCAAAUAGCUACUCUCAAGCAAUGUGCUAUAAUGGAAGAUUAUGUACAAAGUAUAUUCUUUUAGUGUUCCUGGAACACUGGAUGGUAAAUAUCAACCAACAAUAAGCUUAAUUACUUUAAAAAUAAAGCUUCUGAAUAAAAUUAAGACAUCAUUUAGCAUUCCCAGGAAAAUUAUGAUUACAAUUGCAAAUUUAGUACAGCAAUCACUUGCCCUGGUAUAAUAAAAAAUAAAAAAGUUGUUUGGCAGAGCAGUAAUCUAGACCAAAAGAAAUCUCACAACAGUAACAAGUGCAUUACUGACACAAUGUUACAUAACACACACAUUGAUUUUUGUUUCUAUGGUUACAGGUAAUAAAUAUUUUCACAUGAAUUGACAAAAUUUUCUACAAUGGGCAGGCAGGCUUUGUGUCAAAAAUAUAUUUUGAAGCCACAAAUUAUUUUAUGUUCGCUACAACAUACAAUUACUUCUUGGCUACCUUUUAUAGUAUAUCAUUUGAAGGCAGCAACAGUUUGUGAAUCAUUCUUAACAAUCUGUGCAGUAGAAACUGUUGGAUAGACAGUGGGAUGAGACAAAUUAAACAACCUGCCUGUAAGACUUCAAUAACUGAAAUAAUGGGAUGCAGCUCCACUCCAACGUAGCUGUAUGACUGCAAUUAGUGCUAAUAGUGUUACAUUUUCAGUCAGUUGGAUUCUUCAGUACCAAUAAUAAACGUUCAAAUAUGAAUCCAAUUUGACUUUUCUCAACUCAUUUUCUAAAGACACUGAUGCGCUUGCCCCUUCAAGUAUACGACCCCUGGGGUUUGGAAAGUAGUUUUUAAAAAUGUAACUUGAGUUCGAAAUCAGAGAAGAUAUUCUCCCCAGUUUUAUCACAGCUUCAUAUGAAAAACAUAUAGUUUAAGGAAAACUCUGAACUGAAAUUCUGGAAUAUAAAAUAUUGAAUGAUGAUAUUAUAUUACCUUUACAAGAUGAAAACUUCUACAUGUGUGGAUGAAUUUUGAGCUGCUGAGUUGUGCUCUUUUAAUAUAGAAGCUGUAUAAAGUUUUAAGUGGACGAAAGUCUUAAAAGUAAAUUAAUGCUGGACUUAACAGUACUCAAAAGCAAAGGGGAAAAACAAACAUGCAUUCUGCUAAAUAUUGCCAUACACUGCAUCUAUGAGAUUCCAGAGAGAGAUUCCAGAAUAAACCUCAACAUCCACACUUUUAAGAAAUAGGAAAGGCGGCAUCUACAUUGAACCAGAAAGUUUAAAAGACAUAAAUUUAUUUUUUCCACUUCCACGUGUAUAUCAUGUGUAUUUGAUGUGAAAAUGCUGGUCAAUGUGUUGUGGUGGAAGGAGAUAGCUUGUAGGAAGAUAAAAAAAAUUAACACUUUAAAACUGUUUUUAUUUUAUUUAAGACGGGUUCAUGUGAUCAUAGCCAGAAUAAAACAAAGGCUCAGAUGUUUAGCAUAGUCUGUCUACUGCAGACAGAAAUUUAAAUCUAGUGAGGGCUAGUGAAUCGCAUGUGUGUUUCCACAUUUUAUUUUGUUUUUCUUUUUUAAGGGUAUGGGAAGCAAUUGGAAUUUUUCAGGGAAGAAUCUGUUUGGUAUCUCAGACUGUAUUCUCUUUGAAUGAGACAAGACUUUGAGAGAAUUCUUUUCCUUUCUGUGUCAAUGUCAGUUUGUUGCUCAUUGGUUAUAAAAAGGGAAAUGUACUUUUCAUGGCACAUAGAACCCCCAAAGAAUUAUUCAAUACAGAAUAAUUAAAUAAUAUUGAAUCCUAUUUUCCAUUAUUAUUCAAAUAACUAAAUAAUUAUCUCCAUUAAAAAAUUAAACCCUUGUAACAUAUAUUAAGGCUGUAAACCUAAAGAAAAUAAAUAAAACCCUGUUAAAGAGCUAUUAUUUUGUGAGAGGCAGAAAUCACCAUUUAAAGCUCCCAACUAAAUUCUGCUGUGUUUCAAUAAAGUUUGAGUAAACUCACAUUUGAGAGAUUCUGUAUAACCUUAUUGUGUUUAAAAACAUGGAACUCAUUUAAUUAUAAUACCUUAAUUAUUUUCUCAGAAGGUGAUAUAUGCAAUAUCCUGCUUUUUGAAAUAAAAAUGUUAACCACUCA